AUGUCUGACCAGGUCAAGCCCCAGCCGUUGCGGCCUCUACUCCCGGCACCAAAAGCCUCGCAGCCUGCUCCUCCUCCUCCUCUUCCUCCAGCACGCUUCCUUCCAGCUCAAUCAUCAGUCAAGAAGCGUCUACCGAGUACCAAGGUUGCUUGUAACGCUUGUCGGUCCAAGAAAAAAGCAUGUGACGGUAAACGCCCUUCGUGCAAGGCGUGUACAGAGCUGAAGACACAAUGUGUCUAUAUCAGUGCUAAUGAGACGGAGACAGCCGCUAUGGCUUUAAAGAGGGAAAAUCAAAUGCUUCGAGAAAUGUUGAGCCAGCUCACGGCAAUGCCGGAUGAUGUUGCCCACCAGACAUUGAAGAAGCUCAAGUUCGCCGUCGACCCUUACGCUGCUCUUCGCGCCAUAAGACCGUCGGGGCCAAGAGAUGCCCGGGAGAUCCUACCUCAUAUCUCGUCCAAUGUCGAGUUUGAACUCACGCGACGCCAUCCCAUCUUGUAUCCCCAGACUCGGAGAUUAGGUCGUCUCGAGAUGCCCGAGGAUGUCGACUCUAGGCCUUCCAAACUCGCUCGGGUUGAGGACGCAUCCGAAGAGGGUUCAAUUCUCGAGGACCGUCGAGCACCAGAAUACCCUACUGUGGCUGAAGUCCUGGAAGAUGAUCCCUCUACAGCCUCUCCUAGGCCUUCUCGAGCAUUCAACUCGGCCUUCUUUGUUCCACUAAUGGGCCCUAUUCCUCCGCCGACACCGCGCAUUCGCAACGAGCCUCGUCUGAAAGAUUUGAACAUCGCCUUCUGGACCGUAGUACCCAUCAGUAAUCAGGACGCAGCAGAAGUCAUCUCCCUAUAUCUUGAAACAGAUCAUCCGAUAUUGGGCUUGUUCGAUGCUGAUCUGUUCCUGGACGACUUGGUCUCCGGUGAAGUUCGGUACUGCUCUUCACUGCUCGUCAAUGCUCUGCUUGCUUUCGCUUGUCAAGCGUAUGCGGCAAAGCAACCUGAAGCGUCUCGAUGGAGUCAAGAGCUGGAAGACGAGUCAAAUAAGCUCUGGCAUGCGCAAAACGAUGAUACCCUGCCUACCAUUGCAGCUUUGACCUUCUUGAUUCAGUCCAGCGGCUGCAAUGGCAAUGGUGAACUCAAUGUCAAGUUCGUCAAAGAUACAAUAGCUAUGGCGAAACGUCUGAGGCUCUUUGGGUGUCCCGAUGCAUAUACCUUUGUAGACCUAAAUCGUCUCUCGGAACCACAUGCGAGGGCAACAGCUCAAGUUGCCUGGGGAGUUUUCAACACUCUGAGUAUGAUAGCCCAGUUCUGUUUACCAGCGACUACUGAGUACCCCCCGACUCUUCCCAUUCCAGGCAAAGCUAGGCUAGGGAACUCAACACCCGGGUCUGAGCACGAGCGUAACAGCAGCGCGAAUAGUACAGCGCCCUCGUCAGACUCGGAUGCUCGCUCCCAGACUCGAAAUCGCACCAAGAGACGGCGAUCUCCUGCCAUAUCAGACACUUUCGCCGCCUUUUGCGAAUUAUGGGUCAUUUCCUCUCAAAUCACUUGGGUUUAUCAGCACGAUACUAGUCCAGGCCAUUCAUCCCAGGCUUUUGCACUGGAGAAGUACAGCAAACUACUGUCUUGGGCAGAUAAUUUGUCUGAAAGUAUGGAACGUGACGAGCACAGCCCAUCUCAUGUGCUUACCUGCCACAUGUGGUUCCACGGGACUGUGCUCUACCUCUUCAGGCCGUUCAUCCCAAGCGACAAACAGCAUGGCUUCAAAUUCUGGUCACCGUCAGCCGACCAGAUACCUGCCUUUUUUGCGGCCUCCGUCGAGCAGCUCAAAGACCUCGUCGAAGUGUACGCGUUGUACCCGGAAUCGACGUACAGCAUCUUCGGGCACACUGCUCUCAUCCAUGUAGCCAACGCCGUAGCUAGCGACAUAACGAAUCCAGAGUGGCGACCCUACUUUCUCAGCUGCAUCCGCGCCUAUCAAGCCCUAUACAGUUCCUUUACCGUUGCCGAAGUGAUUGCCGGGGGUCUCCUUUCCAUGGUCGUCAGGAAAGGGGGCAUGGACAUGACGGAAGCUCUAGGGCUGCUGGAAGACCUCAGAGCUCGCAAGGGACCCAGGGCGGGCGGCCGGGCGACUGGCAUGUUUGUGACUGAUCUCGAUCUUGCCGUGACGGACCGCGAGGCGGCGAGGGUUGAUCGCUUGAUUGAGAACUUUGAAGAGAUGACCAUCUUGGAUGAGUUUACUCAAGGUGUCAUCUGA